AUGGAAAAGAAAGUCAAGAACACUAGUCAAAAGAAGAAUCUUGCAAAAAUGCAAACCAUGAAGUUAAACGAUUGCAAAGCAGUUAUAUUAAAGCUGGUGGACGAAUUACUCGAUGCAACAAGUAUGAUGUCCAAUUCCCCAUCAAUCAAAGAACAAUGGUCCAUACAUUUGGUGAUUGUCAACCUAUUAUCUAAAAUUAAUCAGUUUGAAGCAGAGUUUGAAUUGAAGCCCUUGUCUCAGAGAAAUGAUCAAUCCAUUGAGAAGUUGACUAAAUGGGCCACUAAAAAUGGGGCCAUUCUUAAUGGAGUAGAAAUUCAUCAGUUUGAAAAUUAUGCAUAUGGUAUGAAAGCUAAUAAAAAUAUUGCCGUUGGUGAUAAGCUUGUGACUGUACCUAGAGCAUUGAUGAUGACUGAAGAAAAUAUACCAUCAUCUCCACUAUGGAAAUUACACUCGCAAGACAUGAUGCUGCGUAAUAUGCCAAACGUGGCUCUGGCAAUAUUCAUUUUGGUUGAAUCUUUGCGAAAAGAUAAGAAAAGUUUUUGGCAUUCAUAUUUAACCACCUUGCCAGUGACAUAUUCAACACCAGUAUAUUUUGAUGUAGCUGAUCUAGAAGCUUUGAAAGGAUCACCUGCAUUUGAAGCAGCACUGAAACUUAAUAGAAAUAUAGCUCGACAAUAUGCAUACUUCAAAAAACUGUUUCAGUUGUCCAAUGAUCCUGCUAGUGUAAUAUUAAAAGAUACGUUUACUUAUGAGUAUUAUAGGUAA